AUGAGGUCGCUACGCCUCUGCAUACACGAAUCUAAGACCCAGGGCCACACAGAUCAAAGAGCUAAAACCCAGGGCCACACAGAUCAAAGAGCUAAAACCCAGGGCCACACAGAUCAAAGAGCUAAAACCCAGGGCCACACAGAUCAAAGAGCUAAAACCCAGGGCCACACAGAUCAAAGAGCUAAAACCCAGGGCCACACAGAUCAAAGAGCUAAAACCCAGGGCCACACAGAUCAAAGAGCUAAAACCCAGGACCACACAGAUCAAAGAGCUAAAACCCAGGGCCACACAGAUCAAAGAGCUAAAACCCAGGGCCACACAGAUCAAAGAGCUAAAACCCAGGGCCACACAGAUCAAAGAGCUAAAACCCAGGGCCACACAGAUCAAAGAGCUAAAACCCAGGGCCACACAGAUCAAAGAGCUAAACACACAGAUCUAAGAGCUAAAACCCAGGGCCACACAGAUCAAAGAGCUAAAACCCAGGGCCACACAGAUCAAAGAGCUAAAACCCAGGGCCACACAGAUCAAAGAGCUAAAACCCAGAGCCACACAGAUCAAAGAGCUAAACACACAGAUCAAAGAGCUAAAACCCAGGGCCACACAGAUCAAAGAGCUAAAACCCAGGGCCACACAGAUCAAAGAGCUAAAACCCAGGGCCACACAGAUCAAAGAGCUAAAACCCAGGGCCACACAGAUCAAAGAGCUAAAACCCUGGGCCACACAGAUCAAAGAGCUAAAACCCAGGGCCACACAGAUCAAAGAGCUAAAACCCAGGGCCACACAGAUCAAAGAGCUAAAACCCAGGGCCACACAGAUCAAAGAGCUAAAACCCAGGGCCACACAGAUCAAAGAGCUAAAACCCAGGGCCACACAGAUCAAAGAGCUAAAACCCACGGCCACACAGAUCAAAGAGCUAAAACCCAGGGCCACACAGAUCAAAGAGCUAAAACCCAGGGCCACACAGAUCAAAGAGCUAAACACACAGAUCUAAGAGCUAAAACCCAGGGCCACACAGAUCAAAGAGCUAAAACCCAGGGCCACACAGAUCAAAGAGCUAAAACCCAGGGCCACACAGAUCAAAGAGCUAAAACCCAGAGCCACACAGAUCAAAGAGCUAAACACACAGAUCUAAGAGCUAAAACCCAGGGCCACACAGAUCAAAGAGCUAAAACCCAGGGCCACUCAGAUCAAAGAGCUAAACACACAGAUCUAAGAGCUAAAACCCAGGGCCACACAGAUCAAAGAGCUAAAACCCAGGGCCACACAGAUCAAAGAGCUAAAACCCAGGGCCACACGGAUCAAAGAGCUAAAACCCAGGACCACACAGAUCAAAGAGCUAAAACCCAGGGCCACACAGAUCAAAGAGCUAAAACCCAGGGCCACACAGAUCAAAGAGCUAAAACCCAGGGCCACACGGAUCAAAGAGCUAAACACACAGAUCUAAGAGCUAAAACCCAGGGCCACACAGAUCAAAGAGCUAAAACCCAGGGCCACACAGAUCAAAGAGCUAAAACCCAGGGCCACACGGAUCAAAGAGCUAAACACACAGAUCUAAGAGCUAAAACCCAGGGCCACACAGAUCAAAGAGCUAAAACCCAGGGCCACACAGAUCAAAGAGCUAAACACACAGAUCUAAGAGCUAAAACCCAGGGCCACACAGAUCAAAGAGCUAAAACCCAGGGCCACACAGAUCAAAGAGCUAAACACACAGAUCUAAGAGCUAAAACCCAGGGCCACACAGAUCAAAGAGCUAAAACCCAGGGCCACACAGAUCAAAGAGCUAAAACCCAGGGCCACACGGAUCAAAGAGCUAAAACCCAGGACCACACAGAUCAAAGAGCUAAACACACAGAUCUAAGAGCUAAAACCCAGGGCCACACAGAUCAAAGAGCUAAAACCCAGGGCCACACAGAUCAAAGAGCUAAAACCCAGGGCCACACGGAUCAAAGAGCUAAACACACAGAUCUAAGAGCUAAAACCCAGGGCCACACAGAUCAAAGAGCUAAAACCCAGGGCCACACAGAUCAAAGAGCUAAACACACAGAUCUAAGAGCUAAAACCCAGGGCCACACAGAUCAAAGAGCUAAAACCCAGGGCCACACAGAUCAAAGAGCUAAACACACAGAUCUAAGAGCUAAAACCCAGGGCCACACAGAUCAAAGAGCUAAAACCCAGGGCCACACAGAUCAAAGAGCUAAAACCCAGGGCCACACAGAUCAAAGAGCUAAAACCCAGGGCCACACAGAUCAAAGAGCUAAAACCCAGGGCCACACAGAUCAAAGAGCUAAACACACAGAUCUAAGAGCUAAAACCCAGGGUUACACAGAUCAAAGAGCUAAAACCCAGGGCCACACAGAUCAAAGAGCUAAAACCCAGGGCCACACAGAUCAAAGAGCUAAAACCCAGGGCCACACAGAUCAAAGAGCUAAAACCCUGGGCCACACAGAUCAAAGAGCUAAAACCCAGGACCACACAGAUCAAAGAGCUAAAACCCAGGGCCACACAGAUCAAAGAGCUAAACACACAGAUCUAAGAGCUAAAACCCAGGGCCACACAGAUCAAAGAGCUAAAACCCAGGGCCACACAGAUCAAAGAGCUAAAACCCAGGGCCACACAGAUCAAAGAGCUAAAACCCAGGGCCACACAGAUCAAAGAGCUAAAACCCUGGGCCACACAGAUCAAAGAGCUAAAACCCAGGACCACACAGAUCAAAGAGCUAAAACCCUGGGCCACACAGAUCAAAGAGCAGAUAUCUGCAUUAAAAUCCCAGUUCUACUACACCCUGUAAAAUUAAGCCACUUUGUUCGUCGUUCACACAUAGUCUAA